CACAGCUGUCCCUAAAUUUCCAGUCCCGAGUGACUGGAAAGCGUCAGUCAAGAGAGGUCCACCUCCAGUGAGUUGGAUAUGCGCGCUCCGCCAGGCUCCUAAGGGACUGUGCAAACUCUUCGAUUGACUCUCCCUGCUUCUGAUAUCUCUCCAUCAUUUUUGACCUUGCCAUCUCCCGAGUUGAGACCUUUUUUAGCCGUUCAGCUAAUCCAUCCGUCAAGGCCCUCCAGGAUGUCUUUUCCUCCUCAAGCAUGCCCCCGUAAAUAUAUCGAAAGGAUUUGGCAAAAUCUAGGGGGUUGGCAGCCGUAGGCAGUGGCUACCAUAUUGAAUUUGUUCAAAUAGGGUAAAAUGUCUUCCGUCCCGUUGAAUAAGCUAUGAUAAGGUGUCCUGUUGCUCCUCUCUCCGUGUUCAUGUCCUCAACUCCUCAUUUUUGCCUUGAUCCCCUCGAGUUCAAUUGCCAUUUCCGCUUUUCAUUGUUGAUACCUUUUAUACGUGCCUCCCGUGGUGUUUUUGCUUCAAAAUCCUCUUUAGCUGUGUCAAAUCCCUCUGACUCCAGAUUCGCAAACUCCGAAAUUUUAACAAAACGAAGACCUCUUUGA